AUGAACAGUUAAGCUUUACAGAUAGCAUCAUAAAUUUAAGAAAAAAAAGAAGAGUGUCUUCCAGUAAUCUAAAAAUUGUUAAAUACAAUGCAAAAAUAAAGUCCUCAUUACAUUGAGUUGAUAUUUUUAGAGAAGACAAAAUAUUCCUAUGUAUUUAUUUCUUACAAUGCAAAACUGAGAGACUAUGUAAUGUUAUAGAUAUUCGAAGCAAAGUAUAAAAUUAAUGAAUAAGUGAGAGAUUAAGAAAUUGAUUAACUCUUCAAAUCAUCCUAUUCUUAAUUCAUCAAGAGAAGCGAAAAGAAGUUAUCUUUAAUUGAGUAUUUUAUUACAAUAGAAGAUACAAAAAGAUAGAAAAUAAUUCAUAGCAAUUUUGAUUAGGAAGGAGUGUAGCAAAGAGAUAUAUUUUGGAUUUAUGAAUUUUUUUUGAAUUAAGAUAUAUUUUUUAGUGAAUCUCAUUCAAAAAUUAUUUUCGAACAAAAAAAACAGAAAGAGUUUUCCUUAAAAUCAAUAGAUUAAUAGUGGGUAAAUGUUAAAAUUCUCAAAGUGAAUUUAGAUGAAACAGCUAAACUUGGAGAUGAUUUUCAAGGUAGGUAGCUGGUUAACUUAUUUUCAAGUUCACAAAGGAAAUUAGGCUAAGAGCUAGCUUUAUGUUAGAAUUUAUUUUCACUAAAUCUUUAACUUAAUAAAGCUUUGUUAUCUUAAGCUGCACUAUAAGAAGUUGGAAAUGGUAUUAGUUAGUGUUAAGAGCUUUUUAUUAUAAAUAUCUAACUAUUUAACAGGUUCGAAAUAGAAAAUGAAGGUGAUUUUUUGAUUGACCUAUUCAAGGGAAUAUGUGCUUGCUAAAAACUAGCCUCUUUGACAGCAGAUUUAAGCUUCUGCAAUUUAAGUUCUGAUGGUGCCAUCAAUAUAGGAAAGGAAAUAUCAAAAUGCAUUAAUCUAACAACUAUUUCUUUCAAUUUACAGGGAAAUAGCAAACUCAGCUAAAAUGGAUGCUCACUUUUUGUUCAAAAUAUUUAAAAGUGUAUAAAUAUUGACUUUCUACUUUUGAAUUUUAGAGAUUGCGAUGCUGGCUCUAAAGCAGCUUCAGGAAUAGCAUAGAAAAUUUCUAAGUGUUCAAAGAUUACAAACCUGAAUUUAGAUUUUAGUAAUUCAAAAAUAGAUUAAUUAAAUAUUCAGAAUUUAACUUAGAGCAUUAAAAGUCUUACAAGUAUGAUCAGCUUAACUUUAGGUUUAUCAAACUGCAAAAUAGGGAAUAGUGGUAUAACUUAUAUUGGAUAAAUGAUAUCAUCUUUCACUAAUUUAGAGGAGCUAAACCUAGAUAUUGGAAUGAAUGCAUUUAAACCUGAAAAGAUUGUAGAAUUAUCAGAGUAUUUAUAGCAAAAUAAAGACAUUCAUACACUGAAAUUAAAUCUUAAUAAGAAUGAUUUAAAUUAUAAAAACAUAAGUGAAGCAUUUAACAAUUUAUCAAAAUAUAAAUUUUUAGAUAAAUUGAGUUUAAACCUUUCCUCUAAUAUUUUAGGUAAGUGUAUCCUAAAUAUAGCUCAAGAGUUAUAAAAAUUCGAAAAUCUUGUCUAUCUUGACUUAGAUCUAUAGAAUAUUUCUAUGUAUAAAGAUUACUUAGAGCGUAUUUUUUCAUCUCUAAGUGCACUGAGGAAAUUAAAAACACUCAAUUUAAAUAUCAGUUAAAAUAAAUUGAAUGAAACAGAUGGAACAAAUAUAGGAAAUAGUCUUUAAUAGUUCAGUAGUCUUAAUAAUCUCAAUCUAAAUUUUGAAAAUACAAGCUGCAGCUUUGAAAUGUUUAGAUAUAUGCUAAUUAGUUUAAAAAACAAAAGUAAAAUAAACUUCUUAACAAUAAAACUAGAAAAUGAAUAAUAAAGAAAAGCGUUUAUCAAAGAUUUUAGACUAUCAUUGAAAAGAAUCCCUUCCUUGUUAAGGUACUAAAUCAUUUGA